AUGAAUAAAAAUUUUGAUGUGAAUAUUGAACCUCUUCCAAUCAUUACAACUGAUCAAAUUCCACUGCAACAAAAAAGUUUCAUGGAUGCGAAAAAUGAUCAAACAACACCGUUGUUUAGUGAACCUACCGAAGAGGAAACCGUGAUGGAAGAUGCAAAAAAAUUUGUGGAGAAACGAGAAAUAAACACACAAAAGGAAUUAAGCAAACAAAACAAAUGGAAAUUGAAUAGUGAACGUACUCAAAGAUCGAAAAUGGAAUUGAGCGAAGAAAAUAAGAGGAAUUUCUUAGAUAUUGAUAAUACCCAAAGAUCGAUCACUCAGAAGCUAACAAAUGCGAAAAUGAAGAAGAAUGGAAUAAUGACAGAAAAGAAAAUAGUAAAGCUUAAACAAAGAGAGAAUUUCGCGAUUGGUUUGGCCACUGAAUCAAGCCAAGCUUCAAGUUUGGAUUCGGCACGUAGCUGGUCAAAGAAUGAAAACGACAAAACUGAAAUCAAAACUAUGCGUGAAAUUCCUCCAAACAGAUUGCUCAGUUUGAAAAAAGAUACGAUCAAACCGGAAAGGAGUAAAUCAGAAUUGAAUCAUUCCAAUAUCAGUUUCACGGGAGAUGAACGAGCGCAAUCGUCCGGCAGUGAUUCUGAAGAGACAAAAAGCGAAAGGUGA